AGUGCAGUUGAAGUAAGCAGUGUGUUGACAAUGUUUAAACUGCAAAAUCAAACCGGAGGAACCCAAGGGAUCUCCAAAAAUGGAUUCAGCACGACGUAGAUGAAACUCCGAAACCUUCUGUGCUGUGUGUGAACUCCUGGAAGGGCCUAUAUAUACUGUAUGGUUGGAAGUGGAAUGUUUUGAACAGCGUCCAGCUUCAAAGCGCCAGGGGUUGAUCUACCUCGCCAUACGUCUUAAAUUGAAACCAGGUGCAGAAAAAAAGUUAUGGAUGUGCUUUAAACCUAAGGAUCUACCUAAUAGAUUGUAUGUUUGUCAUUAUCACUUUGUUGAUAUUUCAUGGGCAAAAUUAGAACAACCUUUGCAGCCUCUGUUGAUGUGAGGCAUAAAUUAAUACGCCGGCCACUUGAGUGACCAAAAUGAGGUUAAAUUACAAAUAAUAUAGUUGCCGAAUGCAGAAUGCCUGACACAGAUUUUGUUGCUACAAGGAAAUACUACAAGAUAUGUACAUAUAAACAAAAAUAGUAUAGUAUGUCAUUGUUUUAUUGCAGAUAUUGAUCGCAAUAAAACAUUUGAAAAACAUGAUUCCAUUCCUUUUUUUACCUAAAACGAUUGGCGAAUGUCCAAAACAGGUCAAUAAAUCGAAAUUUUAAAAGUUAUUAGAAAAAUAUUUACGAAGGUGGAGCAUAAGUCAAGCCUACCAUUAUCAAAGUAGAAAGCACGUAGUCUCGAUAUAUGUCCGUCGACGUACUGUAAGUGUUGUGAGGCACAUCAAUUUUUCUUCCUGUUUUCCCACGGACGGCUCGCUAAGGACGUAGCAUAAAAAAAGGCCAUAUGUAUACAAGUGGACACAAUUUAUUUACAACAAUCAAACUCGCAAUGAACAGAAUUUACAAAAUACGAACGAAGCUGGCUUCAGGGUAAGCCCAGGCCAAAAUAACAAACAAAAGGAAUCUGCACUUAAACCCCACCCGCUAACUAAACCCUGAUUGUGAAAAGGAAAUAAAGAAAAGACAAGCCACUACCCUAGCUUCUUACACUAAAGAAAACAGGAGAAAACGGGUUGAACAGAAAUGGCAGCUUACCCCUACUGCUUAAAUGCUCUUAUUAACAGUGGUGAACAAAAACGAUCCAACAACGAAAAAACACAAAAGACUUCACCGAAAAAGUGGGAGUGUAUCAAACUAGCGAUCAAAUGCACACGAGAGGGAAUGGCAAGCAAACAGCUGGCGAGGAGGACCGCAGCACGAAUGCUGUCAAAUGCGACCUCAGCUGUCAGUUGACAGCGUCUGACUUUUCAAGCUUGGUGCCCUUUUUUCGUGGCCAAUCGGACGUCGUCUGCCCAUUGGGUAGCAUCAGCCUACGUCACGUUGGGAGGGGAGGCAGCCAGCUAGGGGAGGUGACGAUCUGCUGACUGUUGGCUUCUCAGAAUAAAACACAGUUAAACAGCCAGGGCCAUCACACUUCCGUUGCCUAACAGCGUUUUCCACCUGUAAACAAACGAACAAAAAACUUGUAACACUUGCAUUCAUUCGUUGACAUGAUUGUGCCAUCCUACACGUAAUGAUUAGCAACACGCUAGCAGCAGAUCGAAUGUGUUGCAGCAACUACAGCAUGACAGUAGUUGUAGUUAAUAAUAUUCAAACAUCAUCAUAAUUACAAUCAUCAUCAUAAUAACAAUAUCAAAGAGAACAAGUCGUUUCAUGUGCAAGAUUUUAGCUUUCGUAUUUUUUAAGCACCGGACACAUGGAAAUGCAGGGAUAGGAAAAACACACCUUCCAUAACACGAACGGCAACAUAGCUACAUAAACUCCCAGUCUUUGUGGUGGCACGGGCUUGGUUCCACAUCUGCCUUCAUGAACAUGUUGUCCUCCCGUGUCGUGAUGAUGGCAGACGAAUGCGGAAUUUCCAAAUUGUCUUUUUUGAAGGAUUGUGAUGAGCAAUGUUAGAGCUCCACUGUUGUUUUGGAUGGAGAAAGUGUAAAACGGAAGUCGUAAACAGAAAGUAAGUAAGCGGAAGUAAAGCGGAAAUACCUCGGAAACUUGUUUAUAUCGGGGUUGAUUAAUUAAUUGUAGACUUGUUGAUACCUGUGUUGACUGUAGGUUUUGAGUUAGCCAGUAGAGGGCACCCGUGCACAGCCUUCAGCCUGUAGUGUACUCUGGCACACGUGUGCUUAUUUUUUGUUUACGUUUUUAAAAAUCUAUUUUCAGUGAGACUAGCACAUUUUCAUGUCUUUGUGAAUCAUGACCAUGAGCUGUGGUGUUUUCGCUGCUUACUGGGUGGUAAAUGUGUUGAGUCAUCAUUUCUGUCUUAUAUUCCUGUAUGCAAGCAGUGGUGUCAAGGUGUUACAUUUAAGAGGCUCAUGGGCUUACCUGGGAUAUGGGUCAACAAAGGUGGAAUCAUUUUACGGCUACGAAGAAUAUGCAUCUGCAUAUGAACUGGCUUGUGCAAUGUCUUUUACAUUUUUACUUUUUGUUUUCCUUUACAAGAUGAUAUAAUUGUAAAUGUCCACAUUCUUUGAAGAAUUUGUGAUUUUAGAACAAUUACAAUAUUCAUGUUGUUCAUGUUUCAUGAUGAAUUGUUGUACUGUUUUUGACUGCAGUCACCUGUUGAAGUGUCACCAUGGUGGAUGUUGUGGCAACCAUCUAAUCUCAUCAGUAUGGGCAUAGUCUUUUCAAAAGCAUCCGAAAAGACUGACGCAGUAAAAUUGGCUCUUGGCCUCGAGGGGGGUGGCACAUGUAUGGAGCAUCCUUCGUUAUCUUUAAUUACUCCUAGUCCACUAAGACUUCUAAUUCAUUUAAGGUGCAGAAGAUGUUGGUGUAUAAGAGCAAUUAAACCACAGUUACGGUGUGUCCUACUGUCUGUGUGGCUUUACCUCAGCUCGAUAUUCAAAUCACACAGAUUCAGAGGAUUUCUUGAAAGUAUAGUUUGGUGCUAGUAGACCCAACCGUCAAACACAAUAACUGAGUACAAAUCAGCACAAUAUCAGUUCCAUGAGCAGGAAUUAACACAGUGCAGGGAAUAAAGCAUACAACGUUAUUUUUUUUCUUCUUGUAACUAACAUUCAAGACUAAUGAACGUAAUUCAGAUGUUAGAUGCAGUAUAUACAAACAAACUUAAAUAUAUAUUUUUUAAAGUAAUUAAUUAAUUAUAGAGAAAGCCAAACAAUUAAAAUAAUGUGGAUGCAGAAAUGUCUAUAUCAUCUUACAGUUUAACUAGGGAUGUGACUCAUAUGACUGCAUUCAGAAUUAACCAAUCACAUUCAAAAUCAUGUUGUAUGUCAGUUAACACACAUAGCUUCCACCAUUUAAAGUGCCUCUGAUCUCCAAAUAAAGUGCAGUCAUUCUAGUGUGACUGUCAUAUUUUGAAAGUCAUCUCUCAUCAUUUCCACAAACUCAUUGCUUAAAAUGAAUUAGUCAAGAUAAGGGUGCAUUUUCAAGGCCAGUAAUAUGUUAAAUGAGGAAAAAAAGAGGCCUUGCUGGAGCUCCACCUGCAUUGUAACAGGGCUUUAGGACUAGACAAAGGCCGGCUGUCAAUCCUCUUACAAUGUGCCUCGGAGAAAAUGGAUUAGCGAGUAACACAGUCGUUUUGGCACUAGGUCACUUUGACGGAGUGGAUUGAAUGAGUCUUUGGCUCUUGGCCUUCAUCAUAAAAUAUUAUACCACAUACAUUUUUUAGUAUUUUAGAUUGUUUUUCUUCCCUCAAUCUCAAUUUUGCAUUACAUUUUUUUAACCUUGCUUCCAUGAUGAGUGCAGGGGAGCUCAGUUGUUUGUUGUUACCCAGCUCUGCCACUUGUACACAGAGCAGUUAAAGUGGGUGAUUGUGGGGCGUAAGUAGCUCUCCAGGGUGCUGAAGUUGUCUCCAAACGUCUCCCCGGUCUCCACACCUGUCACUUGGCAGCCUGCCGGUCCAAGCGCAAUGAUUCGGCUCCACAGUAGCUCAACACAGGUAAGGCUGCGAAGAUGAUGAGGUAAAGCCUGGACUUUGGAGCAGUCUUGAUGACUUAAAAGGAAGGAUGAUUAUCCUGCAGUGAACCUAGAACAUCACUACCUCAAUCCCAAAGCCAGGACAAUGCAACAUUUUCGACUUCUAUGGGAGCCCAAACAUCCAACUGUGUUUAUAAUUAAAAGCAAGCAUACUUUUCUGGCACGGCCUUUUUGUAACUUUCUUGUAUGUGUCCUGCUUGGAUUAUUAACGUUCCCUUGCUGUGUUCACUGUUUGGUAUUCAAAGUGGGGGUUCUUGGGCCUUGGAACUGCGACCCGAUCUUCUACAAGACCCUGCCUGCUGCCGCCGCAAGGCUUGCUAUUUACAGGAUUAACGGAGACCUCAGUUUGAAUUUAGGUCUAAAGAUGGAUUUUGUCAUUCUGCAAGAGCCUUGCGAAACAUCUAAAGCUCUUACUGAAUUUAUAAACUACGAGAAUAUGGCAGAUGCGUUCAUGGGCCCGACUAAUCCAGGAUACUGUACUGCAGCAUCACUGCUGGCAAAGAACUGGGACAAGCCCAUCUUCUCUCAUGGCUGCGUCAAUUUUGAGUUGGACAGCAUUACGGCGUUCCCAACAUAUUCCAGGACCGUGCCAUUUCCCUCUGAGGUUCUUUUCACCGUGCUGAAGCACUUCCGGUGGGCUAAUAUGGUGGUGGUGUCCUCCAGUGAGGACAUCUGGAUGGACACGGCAGAGAGAGUGGCUUCUGCGAUGAGGAAAAAGGGACUUCCCGUUGCCUUGGUAACAUCUGUAGGUCUCAAUGAGACCGAAGUUGAGAACACGCUGAGGAGGAUCCAAGACGCAGGGGAGAUAAGAGUCAUCAUCAUGUGCAUGCACUCUGUGUUGCUCGGAGGGGAGCAACAGGCCACAUUUCUCAUCAAGGCACAACAAAUGGGUCUAACCUCCGGCAAGUACGUUUUCGUGCCCUACGAUGCCCUGCACUACAGUUUGCCCUACAACGCCCCAUACUUUCCCCUGCAAAACAACAGCAGGCUGAGUGAGGCCUAUGACGCCGUGCUCACGAUCACCAUAGUCUCAGAUUCCGUGUCCUUCAACGAGGCGUACACAGCUGCUAAAGAAAGUGGGGAAGUGGCGCUGAAUGUGGCUGCAGAGCAGGUUAACCCAUUAUUUGGCACCAUUUAUAACAGCAUUUAUCUCCUGGCCAAGUCCAUCCACAAGACCAGGAAAGCUGAAAUGCCUCUUUCAGGAUCAAACCUGGCCUACUUCACAAAGAAUAUAACCUUCAGUGGCUUCAAUCAGAAGGUGCAGGUUGACAACAGGGGUGAAAUCAAAACCAGCUAUGUCAUCCUGGACUCCAGCGAAGGUGGCAGCCAGCUUUACCCGACCUACGUGGUGGAUCUCAAAUCAAGGCAGCUUCGUUUUGCUGGGAAAUCCAUUUCUUUCCCAGGAGGAUCUCCUCCACCGUCAGAUUCCAGCUGCUGGUUUGUUCAGAGUGUUCUCUGCAAAGGAGGUGUGGAGGUCACCUAUAUCAUAGUAGUGUUUGCUGUCAUCUUGGGUUUGGCUGUAACAGGGCUCAUCAUCAGUUUCUACAUCAGGAGGAGACUACAGCAAAUCCAACUGAUCAAAGGCCCAAAUCGGAUCCUGCUGACUUUAGAGGAUCUUACUUUUAUCAACCCACAGACAAGCAAGAGGAAAAUUACUUUAGAGGAUAUGAGUGAGUCCAAAAGUGCUCUGGAGGAAAAAUCUGCUGACCAUUCACAUUCAUUGAACAGCACGCAAACAGCAACGCACGAGACCACCAAUGUGGCCAUAUUUGAGGGUGACUGGGUGUGGCUAAAGAAAUUUGAGGAUGGACAGUUCAAGGAGGUGAAGCAGAGCAGCACAAAGAUUUUUACCAAGAUGAAGGACUUGAGAAACGAAAACGUAAAUCCUUUCCUUGGCUUCUUCACGGAAAGCUCCAUGUUUGCGGUGGUAACGGAGCACUGCUCCAGGGGGAGUCUGCAAGACCUGCUUAGGAACGAUGAUGUCAAAUUAGAUUGGAUGUUCAAAUCCUCACUUAUGCUCGACCUCAUCAAGGGUAUGAAAUACCUCCACCAUAGGGAUUUCCCACAUGGCCGGCUAAAAUCUCGGAACUGCGUGGUGGACGGGCGAUUUGUGCUCAAGAUUACCGACUAUGGAUUUAAUGAGCUGCUAGAGUCUCAGAAAGCUCCUGGAGAAAAACCUCCACCUGAAGACCUCUUUUGGACGGCGCCAGAGUUCCUGAGGGAUCUCGCAAGCUCCCAUAAAGGCACAUACAAGGGAGAUGUUUACAGUUUUUCCAUUAUUCUCCAAGAGGUGGUGGUCCGAGGACCGCCGUACUGCAUGUUGGGCCUGCCACCUGAAGAGAUCAUUCGAAAAGUAAAGAAGCCUCCACCAAUGUGUCGGCCCACUGUUGCUCCCGACCAGGCUCCUCUGGAAUGUAUCCAGCUGAUGAAACAGUGCUGGAGUGAGCUUCCGGACCGAAGACCCAACUUUGAUGAGAUUUUUGACAGGUUCAAGAUCAUCAACAAGGGUAAGAAGACCAACAUCAUUGACUCCAUGUUGAGGAUGUUGGAGCAGUACAGUUCCAAUUUGGAGGAUCUCAUCCGAGAGCGAACGGAGGAGCUGGAGGCGGAGAAGCACAGGACAGAGAAAUUGCUCUCUGAAAUGCUGCCACCGUCUGUGGCCGAGGCACUAAAAACCGGCGCUACAGUGGAGCCGGAGUACUUUGACCAGGUUACAAUCUACUUCAGUGAUAUCGUGGGUUUCACCACAAUAUCAUCGCUAAGUGACCCCAUUGAGGUAGUCGAUCUCCUCAAUGACCUUUACACUCUGUUUGAUGCUGUGCUGAGCAACCACGAUGUCUACAAGGUAGAGACAAUCGGGGAUGCUUACAUGGUGGCAUCAGGCUUGCCAAAGAGAAACGGCAACAAGCACGCUGCUGAAGUCGCCAACAUGUCUCUGAACAUCCUUAGCUCGGUGGGAACCUUCCGGAUGCGCCAUAUGCCCGAUGUACCUGUCAGGAUACGGAUCGGGAUCCACUCAGGCCCCUGCGUUGCUGGUGUGGUGGGCCUGACUAUGCCUCGAUAUUGUCUGUUUGGUGACACUGUCAACACUGCCUCAAGAAUGGAAUCCACCGGACUGCCUUAUAGAAUCCAUGUAAACCUGAGCACUGUGAACAUCCUGCGCUCUCUCAAGGAAGGUUAUAAAAUAGAAGUCAGGGGCAAGACGGAACUGAAGGGGAAAGGCGUUGAAGAGACGUACUGGCUCGUGGGGAAGUCUGACUUUGCGAAGCCUUUGCCAAAUCCGCCAGAGAUAAAACCAGGUAUCAAUUGGCAGGAGAUGCUGACGAACGAGAUCAAGACUCUUUUCCUAAAGGCCAACAGGACAGUGGACAAACAGAAAAUGAGCGGAAAAGAAGGAAAAAUGUGAAAGGAACGAAGCCAUAAGUCAGAUUUCUUCUACAUGAAGGAGAGGAAGACGAAGGAUGUAUAAGUGGCACCCGGCCUCUUUUUCUGUGGCUUAAUGCGGACUCCUUUAAGAGGAUUGUCAAUCAACUGGCUAAUCUUCCUGCAGCACACACAGCAGAACACGAUGGUGCUAAUGUAAUGAAACUCGUCCUGUGACCUGCCUGCCUAACCUGCUGCCAGUAGACCAGGAAACAAUAUUCAGUCAAAGAUGUACAGUAUGCAAUUAUUUACAUACUUGCUGAAUUCACUGGCCACACUGUGGUCGCGGAAAUGAGGUAAGGCUCAUUCAUCCCGAAAGUGGACACUUUCAAUGCCUGUUCUAAAAAAAUAUUUGUCCCAUAUGUGUUAUGUUUGCUCCUAAUUGGAGGAUCUUUGUUGCCAUAUUUUGGGCGCAUGCGCGGUUGCUUGGGUGGCAAGGAAAGCAUGAUGGCGGACAGUAAAGACACGGCGAAUACUUAGAAGAAAUAUAGUGGGCAAAAUCUCCAAAAUUUCAAAAAUUCUGGGCAAAAUUUCUACAUGCUUUAGCAUUUGAAGACUGGAGGAAGUUUAACAGGAUGCAUAAAAUGUGUAUUGGCUAUAAAUUCACAGUCCAUUUUAGAUAUAGGAUGAUGAAAAUUUUUGGUCUGAUUCACCUCCACUUCCCCUAGGAGACAUUUAUUCCGAUUUAAUAGAUACCUUUCACUCAUGAUAAAUUAAAGGCUUUCCAAAAGUCUAGAGGUGUACAAUUAUUUUAUGUGAAAGCAAAUAGAAAGAAAGGAAAAGAAAAUGGGCACUUACUUUCAUUUUUGUCUGUCCGUCCGUCCGUCUGUCUUUCUGUCAGUCUACAAAGCACAAAGCCGUGAUCAGGAUAAAGUGGAUUGUAUACUAUGCGGAUUCAAUUUUAUGUUUUUUUUCUAAAUCUCCUCUAAAUCACAAAUGAAUUGUUCCCGGAUCUUACCUUGAACAAAGAGAGCUUCAGAAACCCUUCUAGUAUCGGUAGUACAGCUGAGUUUCUUGCGAGAAAAAUCAACGUGGAAAAAAAGAAAAGAAAAGGCAAGUUCAGGUGAUGCUUAUCAUUAAAAUUAAGAAGGAAAUAAUAGAAAAAUAUGAGUGUGCUGUGUGCGUCAGUGAACUGACUUGAAAUACGGCUAGAAUAUGUCUAUGACCCCGACGGUCUUCCAUCUCCAUCCGCCGUCUCUUCCGACCUCCAUUCGCCUAUCUCUAUAAGAUAAAGUGACAAUAGAAAUGCCUUUUAAUUUCCGAUUUAUUAUCAUUAUCAUUAUUGUUAUUUAGAUUUGUAUUUAUAAUUUAUUUAUUUUGCUUUGUAUAAUUGCUUUUCCUAAUUGUACCUGCAGUAUUUAUCAAGGAUUUAGUGUAGGUUUUUGGGCUGUGGAACUAAUUAAUGGAAUUAAGUCUUCUUAUGGGAAAAUUCCGCUCAACAUACUACCAUUUCGACUGACAAACCAGAUUUAUGGAAUAUUUAUGUUAAAUAUGAUGUAUACCUAACCUAAUACAAGGACAGUCAUCAAAUUGUCAUAGAAAAAAAAUUAUAUAUACGGUAUAGCCUAUAUUAGGCAUGUGCCGGUAUGAGAUUCUAGCGGUAUGAUAAACUUAAAAAUAUCAAGAUUUCACUGUAUUCCAAUUACAGCUUCAAAAUGUGUUACUUUGAGAUAGCUGGAUUAAUUUUUUUUUUUUUUUUUAAACUAUUUUCCAUUCAACAGGAAUUUUUAUUUUUCAAAACAUAUUAGCAAAUUGGAACAUACGUAUAAUGUUAAGUUCAAAUAUAUAUUUUUUUAAAGAACUGAAAUAUUCUAAAUAAAAUAAAAUAAAAGCACACAUUUUGGUGAGGGUAAACCCACAGCCAUAGCUCACCAUUAUUACCAUCAGAACAAAAAUAAUGUAAUUAUUUUCCAUAAAAAGCACGUGUGUAUGACUCGUAUCAUGUUUACAAUAUACACACACACUUUUUCUCAACACAGACAGUUGCCAGAGAGAGAGAAGAAGAAAAAAACACAUGAUUUACCACCGCUAGGCACACCAAACACGCUGGAGUUAAUUUUCGUAGCUGGUGGGAAACAUUCAUGUUCAUGAUAGUGUUUACCAGCCUUUAAUUUUGUAUAAAUGCGAAAUCAUAUUGGAGGUAUUGCCUCCUCAGCAGCCACCUUCCGCAAACAUGUUUUACAUGUUGGCUGGCCCUCCUCCUCUAAACUGUGGCUGCCUGUAACUUUUACAUAAAAAAAAAAAUCUAAGAUUACAAUAAAUGAAACAAACCUAUUCUUUUGCGAGUUUCAUCCCCCCCC